GACCUAAGUAACCCUAGUCGUGAAUGUAAACAUAGUUUGUCUGCAGACAACCGUGGCAGUGGGAUAUGCUUCAGCAUUAGAAAUGUCAACAACAUUGGAACGUUGUCCUGGACAAUAUUGUGGCCGUGUAGAAUUGGAAGAUGGUUGGAGUGAUUGUGGACCUUGUCCACGGGGAUUUCGGGUAAAUGCCAGCUAUGCCUGCAAUCAAUGCGAAGAUGAAUUGGAUUCGUAUUCAUGGUUUUAUAUGGGCUUUAUGGCAAUGUUACCGCUGAUGAUGCAUUGCUUCUUCAUUGAUUUGGAUGCCAAAGAUCGAAAAUUUUCUCGUAAACAAUUGAUAUUAACAUCUUGUGCCAUUGUGGAGGUUACCAUUUCGGCAAUUGUAUCAAUUCUAUUGAUGGAACCUAUGGGAGAAUUUCGUUUAUUUUCAUGUCCAGUGAGGAAAUUUUCCGAUUGGUACACGCUGUUCUAUAAUCCCACACCAAAUUAUGAGGAAACAUUGCAUUGCACGCAGGAAGCAGUGUAUCCUUUACAAACCAUUGUCCUGGUAUUUUAUUUUCUUUGCCUGGUAACCAUGUUCAUUAUAAGGCCCAUAGUUAGUGGCGUCUUGGAUGUCAGAGGUAAAGCACCAAUUUAUGCUGCUCUUUACUUCCUACCUUUGAUUACAUUUGUUCAUGCCCUGGCUUGUGGUCUGAUAUAUUAUGCCUUUCCUUAUAUGAGUAUAGCCAUGUCAAUGAUCUCAAAUGCAAUACACUAUUCCAUGAAAUUGGAUCAAUCUUUUAAAGCAUUGGUCAAAUCUUCCUUUAUGGAAAUAAAAAACUUUGUGAUUAUAUGUAUUCAAUGGCUUUUGCUGGCUUAUGGUAUUAUUGCCUUGGGCCAUCAUUAUGCCCUGCUGUCGUUAGUACCAUUCCCCUCAAUAUUCUAUAUACUGACAGUACGUUUUACAGAUCCAGCAGAGUUUAGAGAAGUUGAGUCCCGUAGCAGUUAAGUUAUGCCAAAAGGUAAAUUAAAAUAAUUUUAAGGUAAAA